CAACAACUGGUUGCCUUGGUCAACAACCGCCACUUCCCACACAUUAAGCAUCGCUCACUAACUACUCAAGCCGUCCCUCUCUUUCCUCUCUUGUCUCCUCGGCUCCUCUCGCCUUUCCACACCUCCCCCGUUUAUCGCUACUCCGAUGGGCCCCUUCAAACGCGAUCCCGACGGUCCCCCCGGCUACCAGGAGGGCAGCGGCGGCUAUCUGCCGGAAAAGAAGGAUCCUUAUAGCGUCUCAAUGGGCGCUGGGCCAACGGCAGGCCCAUCGCAGCCGCUCUUCGCGUGUCUUCACCUCAGCCGCGAAGACCGUCUCCGUCUCUUAGGCUUUCCCCCGCACAUCACGGAGGUCAUCAAGAACACCCUGGCCAUUGCGUGGCCUGUCGGCCUGCAGAGCUCCGACGGCGGGCCGGGAUGGUUUGAGUUCAAGUUGCGCGGUUAUCCAUGGUCCGCUCAAGGGCGCGAGGCGGUGCCUUCGAAACGGCUCAUGAUCCACCUGCUUCACCACCUGUCGAAUGCGGGGUGGCACCUCGCCGCGUCCACCGACCUGUCUAAGAAGAGCUGGGACAAAGAUAGCCUCAUGUUCCGUGCCGGACCGCCAGUGCACAGGAUCAUCUUCGCCGUCACGUUCAAUGAAACCGACAAGAUCCGCAUUAUCGACCCGCCGAACGACAGCAUCCAGCAGGGGUUCAUACAGACGGUCACUCGCUGCUGGUCUGCCGGUAUUCAGGACCAGAAGAUGAAGGAGGAGAGGUGCUACCAGAUGAAGCUGCGAGGCAACCCGUGGUACGCGAGCAGUUCUCAGCAGGUCAACGAUGCGCGCUACCUCGGCCUCGGGCUCUUGAGCACUUUCGACGCGAUGGGUUACGAGCUCUUGGGGUGUAUAGACAUGAACACAGGAAUGUCCGAGGACAAUCGCGACAUGGACGCGUGGUUUUUCGCCGCCAAGAUUGUGUGAAGCGGAGAGCGUGUCAUGAGAAGAGAAGGACGCCGCACUGCACGAACACAGCGCUGGUAGAGUGAUGAUCAAUUGAAUGGCAGACGCGACAGCGCCACCACUCUGUUCCACCACGAUGAUUGACGCGCCCGGCGUAUUUCAAGUGGAUCACCUUGUUUAUUAUCGUCACGCAUGGAUGCAGAGUGAAUUUGCCGCUGUUC